AUGGACAUUCCUCAGGGGUUUGCUAGCCAGAGAGGGAGUAAUAAAGUCUGCAAACUACAUAAGUCUAUAUAUGUCCUUAAGCAGGCUCCAAGACAGUGGAAUAGAAAGCUGACUGAUCCACUCCUACACCUAGGCUCCACUCGAAGACAUUUUGACUAUUCCCUAUACACAAAGCACAUACACGAUAAGCUGGUUAUAGUGUUAGGCUAUGCAGAUGAUCUUCUUGUAAUUGGAAGUUGUAAUGAUUUAAUCUUGAAGACAAUAAAUGACCUAAAGCUAAAGUUUAAAAUGAAGGAUUUGGGAGAGAUUAAGUUCUUCCUAGGCAUAGAAUUUGUCAGAUCAGACAAAGAGAUUGUAAUGAGUCAAAGAAAGUAUGCCCUGGAACAAAUUACAAAAAUGGCGCUUGGAGGUGCUAAGCCUGCUGGUGCACCACUUAAAAUUAACUUGAAGUUAACUUUUGAUAAGUAUGACUGUUUUGAUAACAAUGAUGACAAAACUGAGGACAAGCUACUCACUAAUGCAGUAUCAUAUCAAAGGCUUUUAGGUGCUUGCCAAUUCUUGCAUAAGCUGAAGCAGUCACAUAUAGAACCUGCACUAAGGGUGGUAAUAUAUAUCAAAGUUGCACCUGGACUUGAUCUGUUGAUGCCAUCUGAAGGAUCAGAAAAGCUACAAACUUUAUGUAACUCAGACUAUGGAGGAUGCCUACAAAGUAGAAGAUAUGUCACUCGCUAUCUACUGAGGCUUGGCAAUGUUCUUGUAUCCUGGAAUUCUAAGAAGCAAGACAUGUUGCUAGAAGCUCAGCAGUAG